AUGGUUCCAGAGGUUGUGGGGGACAGAAUCGGCGAGGCCGAGGGGAAGGAUUCCGGGGAGCUGGACGAGGUCGUCCUCGUAGCGGGGGCGAUCCUCAUCGUAGAUUCCGGGGCACAGGUCGUGGCCAUGUAGAAUCGAACUACAAAGACAUGGGUAAAAAGAUGGUCCUUCUGUGGAUUUAAAGAGUUUUCAGAUGCUCCCGCUCUAUAGACGGCUUGAAGGGGUUCACAAGGCAAUUUUGUGGAUUCCUGCGUCUGCGCUCUCCAAUAAACCUGCAGCUAAUUAUGGGCGUGGCUAG